GGACAGCUACGUAAACCAGGCGAAUUAAGAAAAAAAUUAUCAGCUGAUUGAAUAACACCACCUUUUAUGAAUUCGCCUAGUGAAAGCUGUUGCAUUGUUUAUUUUGGUCGGGAAUUUCAGUAAAAAAUUAAAACAGUUUUUGUUUAAUUUAAAAAAUUACCGCAAAAUGCCUGUUAAUAUACGCGACUGGUUGCCGGUUCUAUUUUGUGGCCUUUCUAUUCCCUUAUCUUUAUUUAUGUGGCUAGGUAAUCUAACCUUUUCCAAAUGGUGGACACCAGAAUUCGAAGAACCAAACAUUAUACCACCUACUAGAUGGCUGUUUUCUAUUUUGGCUCCCUUGGCCUUUAUGAUUACCGCUCUCAGGCGUAAAUCUGUGAAUAAAUCAGGUGCUGCUUUGGGCAUUAUUGUGGCCGUUCUAUUGUCCAUAGCAAGUCAUGCUUUCUUCUUUAGUUUGGCGGCAUUUUUCUUUACUCUUCAAGGGCCACUAAAUUUCGGGCGCACAUAAAAAAGAAGAUAGAAAAGGAUUUUAAAGAAGGUAAAG